AUCGUAGUUACUCGGCAUUUUUUGACAAAUCAAAUUCAUUUGUCUUUUCAAUUUGAUUACUAUUUUGUCGAAGAAAUACGAUUUUACUUGUAUUAGACUGAAAAUAUAACAGAAAGUCAUAAUGGCACCAAUCGAAGACGUUGAGAUGAAGAAUGUGGAAAGUCCCACUUCGGCUGGUGAAGGGGAAACAAACGAAGUGAAGAAAGACGCUGAUGUCCUCACGGUUCAGGAUUUGAGAGAGCACAUCAGGCAGAUCGACAAGGCUGUGAGUUCCAAAGAGCCAAGAUUUGCAAUGCGCGUAUUGAGAUCACUGCCCAACACCAGAAGGAAACUGAAUGGUAAUGUUUUGCGUGCAAUCAUCAACCAGAUUUACCCAUCGAGUGGAGACAAGGAAGGUCUGCUCGUGUUCGUAGAGAACCCUGUUCCUGGUGCAGUGGAAAUUGAAACACCACGUUCUAGAAGCGCCCCAAAACAGCCGGUACCAGAGGCGGAUGUUUAUUUGCAUCUUUUAGUACUGCUACGUUUGUUAGACACAAACAGACUGGAGGAAGCUACGGAGUGCUCGCAGCAGUUAAUGAACAAAGUGACUGCCCAAAAUAGAAGAACGCUUGAUUUGAUUGCUGCUAAAUGUUAUUUCUACCAUUCUCGUGUAUUCGAACUCACAAAUAAGCUGGACCUUAUUAGAGGGCUCUUACAUGCGCGCCUGCGGACUUCUACCCUCCGCAAUGAUUAUGAAGGCCAAGCUGUUCUCAUCAAUUGCCUUUUGCGCAACUAUCUACAUUACUCUUUGUAUGAUCAAGCAGACAAAUUAGUGAGCAAGUCUGUCUUCCCUGAAAAUGCAAGCAAUAAUGAGUGGGCAAGAUUUAUGUACUAUCUGGGUAGAAUAAAGGCUGCCCGUCUUGAAUACAGUGAUGCACACAAGCACUUGGUGCAGGCUCUAAGGAAAGCUCCACAAACAGCUGCAGUUGGAUUCCGUCAAACUGUGCAAAAAUUGGCUAUUGUUGUGGAACUUCUUUUAGGUGAUAUCCCAGAGCGUGCCAUAUUCCGUCAAGCUCCUCUCAGGAAAGCAUUAGCACCCUAUUUCCAACUAACGCAAGCAGUGAGGCUUGGCAACUUACAAAGAUUUGGAGAGGUGUUAGAGAACUUUGGGCCCCAGUUCCGAAGUGAUCACACUUUCACAUUGAUAUUACGUCUUAGACAAAAUGUUAUUAAGACUGCAAUCCGUUCAAUUGGCAUGUCUUACUCACGUAUAUCUCCUAAAGACAUUGCCCGGAAACUGGGCUUAGACUCUGCUGAAGAUGCUGAAUUUAUAGUAGCUAAGGCCAUUAGAGAUGGAGUUAUUGAAGCUACUUUGGAUCCUGAAAAGGGUUACAUGAGCAACAAGGAAAGUUCUGACAUAUAUUGCACUCGGGAGCCACAGCUUGCCUUCCACCAGCGCAUAUCAUUUUGCUUGGAAUUACACAAUCAGAGUGUUAAGGCUAUGAGAUAUCCACCCAAGUCAUAUGGCAAGGAGUUGGAAAGUGCUGAGGAGAGACGUGAAAGAGAACAACAGGAUUUGGAGCUUGCUAAGGAAAUGGCUGAAGAGGAUGAUGAUGGUUUCCCUUAAAUUAAAAUGUUAAAAAAAAUUACCUUUAAUAACCUCCAUUUGUGGAUCAUAAUUUGAAAUAGAUGUAACAUUGAAUACCAAGUGCUAAUAAAUUGCUGAAAAAUUAUGA